CGCCGCAUUACCGCAGCCGCGCCUUCGUUUUCUCCGCCGCCGUCGUAGAGCCUGUUCGCCCUCACGCGGCCAGCGACCAUGUCGAGUGGCCUGGAUAUGUCGCUAGACGACCUUAUCAUGCAAUCCAAGUCCAGGCCCAGAGCCAGCCCCAGCCUCUCCUUCUCUUCCGGGCCCACUCGCCGGGCGGCGCCGUCCGCCCGGACCAUGCCGUACCCGCCAUCAGCCCCCAAGCCUGCUGCCGCCGACUCACCGUACGGUAUCUACUCCGAGCACGUUGCCGCCAUGGCAACCUCCCCGCCGCCGCCUCCGGUGGCCGCCCCGCGGACACUCGAGACGGGGACGAAGCUGCACGUCUCCAACCUCAACGCCAGUGUCACCGUCGAGGACGUCCAGGAACUCUUUUCAGAGAUUGGUGAGCUCAAGCGUUAUUCUGUUAACUAUGACAAGGAUGGGAAAUCACAGGGAAGUGCGGAAGUUGUCUUUGCAAGGAAAGUGGAUGCUCUGGAUGCUAUUGAGAGAUACAACGGUGUUCAACUUGAUGGGAAGCCAAUGAAAAUUGAGCUCAUUGGAACUAAGACCGAGCCGUGCUCAACAGUACCUUUAUUGUACAACCAUGUUUCUUCAAACUACAAUGCAAUUCCAAACAGUCUGCCUCAAAGAGGAGGCCCGAGAGGGCCAUUUCAUGGUAAUGGUUGUCCUGGAGGCAGUGGUCAGGGCGGUGCUGGCCAAAGAGGAAUUUCUCGAGGUAGUGGUCGUCCUGGAAACACUGUCCAAGGCGGUGGUGGGCAGGGACAGGGGAGAGCAAGAGGGCAUGGUCGCAACCGUGUGCAGGCGUCUGCUGCAGAUCUUGAUGCUGAACUGGAGCAGUAUCAUGCAUCAGCAGUGAAGCAGAAAUGAGGAUCUGAUGUUACAUAUAUAUUGGUGGGGUGGUGCUGAAACAGCACAUCUGAGUUGGUAGUGUUUGCUGUUAGUCUUCACUUACCCUGCUCUACAUUUGUGCUUGUCAUAUACCUACUCCUAGUGCUGGAUACGUCCUGUUCUAUUGCCUAAUUUUGGAACUUUGGUGUUGUUUAAGAGUCGAAUGUUUGUUCAGUUCUGUUUGCAGUGUCUGAAAACCAUUUUGUUGUCAA